CGAGAGGAUCCACACUGGAGAGAAACCGUACACAUGUGAUCAGUGCGGGAAGAGUUUCACACGAAAAGGACACCUUACAGGACAUAUGAGAGUUCAUACUGGAGAGAAACCAUACACUUGUGAACAAUGCGGGAAGAGUUUCACACUAAAAGGACAUCUUACAGAGCAUAUGAGGAUCCACACUGGAGAGAAACUUUAUACAUGUGAUCAGUGCGGGAAAAGUUUCGCACGAAAAGGACACCUUACAGGGCAUAUGAGAGUUCAUACUGGAGAGAAACCAUUCACUUGUGAUCAAUGUGGGAAGAGUUUCACACAAUCAGCAAAUCUUAAGGAUCAUCAGAAAAUACACACUGCUGUGAGAGAGUACAUGUGCUUUGAGUGUGAAAAGACUUUUAUUUCAGCAAACUGUUUAAAACAGCACCAGAGGAUCCACACUGGAGAAAAACUUUACAAGUGUUCACACUGUGACAAGAGAUUCAGUCAGUCAGGAAGCCUGAAAACACAUGAGAGGAUUCACACUGGAGAGAAACCUUACAAGUGUCCACACUGUGACAAGAGAUUCAUUCAGGUAUCACAUCUGAAAAUACAUGAGAGGAUCCACACUGGAGAGAAACCGUACAAGUGUUCACACUGUGAGAAGAGUUUUACUUCAGCGAGCCGUUUAAAACGGCAUGAGAGGAUCCACACUGGAGAGAAACCUUACAAGUGUUCACACUGUGACAAGAGAUUCAUUCUGUCAGCAACUCUGAAAACACAUGAGAGGAUCCACACUGGAGAGAAACCUUACAAGUGUUCACACUGUGACAAGAGAUUCAUUCUGUCAGCAACUCUGAAAACACAUGAGAGGAUCCACACUGGAGAGAAACCUUACAAGUGUUCACACUGUGACAAGAGAUUCAGUGAUUCAGGAAAUCUGAAAACACAUGAGAGGAUCCACACUGGAGAGAAACCGUAUCGCUGCAUUGCAUGUGGGAAGCGUUUUCAAAAAUCGCAGUGUUUAAAACUGCAUGAGAGGAUUCACACUGGAGAUAAACCUUACAAGUGUUCACACUGCGACAAGAGAUUCAGUGAUUCAGGACAUCUGAAAACACACGAGAGGAUCCACACUGGAGAGAAACCUUACAAGUGUUCAUACUGCGACAAGAUAUUUAGUCGGUCAUCAAAUCUGAAGACACACAAGAGGAUUCACACUGGAGAGAAACCGUAUCACUGCACUGCAUGUGGGAAGUGUUUCAGUCAUUCAGCUUCUCUACACAGUCAUACAAAAAACUAUCACAGCAAGUAGAUCAUCUUCAGAUCCAGCACUUUCAGAUCUGAUGCUGCAAUAAUGCAUCAAGCAAUAAACUAUCAUCUGUAUAAAUCUGUCCUAACCAGUCAUUACAAGUGACAUGACAAAGAAACAUUAUCUAAAGUUUUCACAGUGAAUAAAGUUCAUCUUCGUCUUCAAAACCAGCAGAUUCAACUUUGUUCUUUGUG